AUGCAGAUAUUGGAUUUGCCAAAUGAGCUCGUGGCAUGGAUAGCCGAAUGCCUUGAUGAUGAAUAUUGCAUCAACGCGCUCGUCCCAACAUGCAGACGAUUCUUUUGGCUCCUUAAUCGCUCCCUCUACAAAUUCAACGUGCGCUACUCCCACGCCUGCGCUCUCGAGUGGGCUGCAAAACAUAGCUAUGAAGCAACUGCGCGGUAUGCACUAGAGGCUGGAGCUUCUCCCAAUGCCGUUCACUACGAAGAGUGGGUCCCAAUGGCGCUGGCUUGCAUUUACGGACAUGACGCUAUUUAUGAGUCAGAGCGCGUUGAUUCAGGCUGCCCAAUGAUACUGGCGGCUGGUCGCGGCCAUGAAAAUGUCAUUCGGCUCUUGCUUUCUUCUGGGGCUUCUCCUGAUAUCCGUUAUGCACAAGUUGGUGGGCGUUGUAUCUCACCCCUUUCAAGGGCAGCGAAACAAGGCCAUCUCUCGGUUGUGAAGCUCCUCGUUUCCCUCGGCUGCGAUGUUCAUAUCGAGGACUGGUACCGAUCGAAUAUCAUUGCUAGCGCGGCCGAUGGAGGUCAUUGCGGAGUUGUUCGGUUUUUACUGGAGACGAACCUUGAAAUCGAGUCUCGUCAAAUGCCUAGUGCUUCGCUUAAGGCGGCAGCUGAGGAAGGUCACUUGGAGAUAGUCGAACUUCUCUUAGAAUAUGGGAUGACUCCGACGCCCACUAUGGAAGACUCUCCUCAAGACUCUCCUCUAGAUCCUUUGAUUAUGGCUGCACAAAGUGAGCACUACGCAGUGGUCGAAACCCUUCAGAAAUCUAUGGAUCUUGAGGGGUUUAUCGCACGCGGGAAGCCUGAUGAUGAUGACCAUAAGCAGUUAUUCCUAGAUAAGAAUUUUGCCUGGAGUAUCGAAGUAAUGCACCUGGAAGGGGAGAAUCAUUGGGUGGAUGAACCGUCGCCAUUAUAUCUGGCAGCCCGUCGCGGUCAUCACGGCGUCGUGGACCUGCUACUCAACUACACGCAUUCAUGCGGCAACAAAAUGUUGCUCGAGAAGGAAUCGACUGCGCUCCUCUUAGCAAUUCAGGGCUCCCACAAGCAGAUUGUCACUGUUGAAACACCGGAAAUAUUUCAGUUAUUGCUCGACCGUGGAGCGGACCCUGGAAUCAAUGCGGACUUCGAUGAAUCAGUUUUCGUGAGGGCACUAAGGACUGGAAGUCAAGCCACGGUGGAUAUCUUGGCACGAAGAAUGGCAUUCAAGGAGCCUCUGUGCACAGAGGGCUCUUCUCCUUUGUCAUUUCUUGUGGCGGCCGCUCUUGGUGGGACCUCGAUGAUAGAAUAUCUUCUUGAGAGUGACUAUCCGGUCGAGCCUGGGAGCCGUGAAGUUCGGAAGGCACUGCGCGUUAUACUAUCUCGAUCGGAUACGGCAUCACUGACAUUACUAUUCGAGAGGGGAUUAGUCGGCAACUUGAUCACAGUCAACAACAACGACUGGAUAACUUGGGUGGGUUCUCCAAGCGAAGACUGGUGUGCUGUGGCUGCUACUCUGGACAUACUUAUGGCACAUGGUGUUGAAGUCGAAGUGGGGUCUAAGUCCCCUCUAAUUCAUUUUGUUUUGUACAAGAACGCAAACCUCGUCCAGCUCUUAUUGGAUCGAGGGGCCUACCCUCUCCGAGUUUGUGGAAACGUCAGCAGAAGCCCCUUAGAAGAGGCAGCGGGUGAGGGGUACAAGACUUUGGUGAGUGUUAUGCUGAAAAGUCUGGAUCGGCAGAAUAUCCCACUUGAGAAAUUGCAAUGCAGGCUGGUCCAGGCAGAGAGGCUGGCAGAACUCGGUGAACCCGACGACAUAAUACCCCUCUUACGCCGUUUCUAUUGGCGAAAGAGAUAUCAAGACAUGCCAACACCCUAG